ACAGUAGUUAUUAAUAAUUUCAGCACACAUUUUUCUAUUGUGAAAUCGAUUUUUGUGAUACUUUGGUCGAUUUCAGUGACUUUUUGGAUAAAUAUGACCAAAGUAAUGAAUGAUACAGUGCUUGAUUUAGACCCUGAGAUUCUAAGGGACUGACAUGGAAAUAAUGGACAGUUCUGUUGAAUGGAAUCCUUCAAAUGGUUAUGUGACUGGGUACAUUUGGGAUAGACUCAAAAUUGAUAGUAAUUGUGAAUCCUGUGCAAGGCUAUUUUCUUUGGUUGUCACCGGAAAACAUCUAUUUGUGACGUUUAAAGAGCAUGAUGAGGAAAAGCGAUUGAAGUACACAAGUGACGAUUUAAUUAACCUGAUUGGUCCUCUGGAUGAAAAGCUGUAUGCAUUUUUAGAGCAGCAUGGUACAGAAGACCAACUGGAAGUAAAAUUUAAAUAGAAGCAUUCCUGCAUCCUUCAAAAUUACAGCUUUUGUCAGCAGCAUGAUGUGGCAAAAGUUGCAGCCUCCUUGGGAGGGAACAGGUGAACGAAGAAUAAUUAUUUAUUUUGUUACUCGCUGUAAUGUUAAAGCCAUCAGGAGCUUUUGGUUUUAAGUAUGAGGAAUGUCUUGUUUAUUUUUAACUUUGAUUCCUCCAUGAAGAAAAUUUUCC